GGCAAGGGCGGUGCCAAGCGCCACCGAAAGAUCUUGCGCGAUAACAUCCAGGGUAUCACGAAGCCCGCAAUCCGACGUCUCGCACGUCGUGGUGGUGUCAAGCGUAUCUCGGCCAUGAUCUACGAAGAGACGCGUGGUGUUCUCAAGUCCUUCCUCGAGGGUGUCAUCCGUGACGCCGUUACUUACACCGAGCACGCCAAGCGAAAGACGGUCACUUCGCUGGACGUUGUCUACGCCCUCAAGAGGCAGGGACGCACUCUUUACGGGUUCGGUGGUUAA